ACCGAUAGCAAUUAAUUGUUUUUGUUGUUUUCCUUUUUGGAGACGCGUGUGUGUGUUUUGCCCGUGUGAUAAUUUAUUUAUUUUCCCGUUCCGUUUGUUUAUGCACUAUAAUUUAAGUUAAGUUUUUAGCACAGGCGCAGGACCAGCAACGGCUGCACCAUGGAGCCCCCAGCUGCUGGCAAUCUGCUGGAGAUCAUGGACCUGGCACGCACCCUUCGCCAGGAGCAGCUCUUCAUCCAGCAGGAACAGUUGGCCUUUGCCCAACUUACUGGGGCCUUGGAAACAAAUGCAGGGACCAUAACCAAGCUGGCCUUUGUGUGUGCCCAGCAGCGGCAGAUCCUCAAUGAGCUACUCCUGGCGCGGACGGAUCACGAUCCGCUGCUCUCCUGCCGCAGAGCAAGUGCCUACGACAGUGCCCAGUUCAUGGACGCCAAGCAGUUGCUGCCCUAUGAGCACGCCCUGGCCUACGAGGAUCUGUUCAACUACCUGUACAAUACACCCUAUUUGCUGGCCCUUUCCCUGGCUACCGCGGAUCGAUUAUCCCUGCUUUCGGCUGGUCAACUUGGCCAGAUCAUCAAUACCAUUGCCACAGGUCUCUAUGGCAAUUGCAUCAACACUAAGGAUGUGGAACUGCUGCUCAAACUGUUGCGCGAACUGAUCGAGAUCCAAUUGCUGACCAGCGAACAGCCCAGGCGUUUGCUGAGGACCAAUAGCAGCUCCUUUGCCCGCCUGUAUCAGCGACUUGUGGAGAGCCUGUUCUCGGCGAGAAUAUUCCUAACCGCCGCCCUGCACGCUCCGCUGAUGGGUGUGCUAAGUGAGCAUGAGAUUUGGCUGGAUCUGGAUCCGCAUAAGCUUAUGCAGACCUUUACGCCGAAGGAGCGGGAGAAGCGCUUUGGUCGCGAGGGCGAUGAGGAGUACCAGCGGAAUGUGGCCCGUUUCCAUGCAGAAACACUGGGAAAACUGCACUCACAUGUCCAGGUGUUUGUGCGGAGUCUCCAACAGAGUUGGGCGCUAUUUCCCAGCUCUCUGCGAUGGCUUCUCCAGACGCUCAGUCAGCAGCUCCGUCAGACGUUGCGCCACGAGGAGCAGGAAAUCCGGCACUUGCUCACCGAUCUGGUAUUCACACAUUUCAUUUCACCAGCCAUUGCCAGCGCCGAUCUGCUGGGCAUCAUCGAUGUGAAUGUGAGCGAUCGAAUGCGACACAAUCUGAAUCAGAUUGUGAGAUUGCUGCAGCGACUGGCCCUGAACGAUGAGGACAGCGAACUGGUGCAGCUGAUGGAGUUGCUGAUGCUGGGACAGACUGGCGAGGAUGUGGUGGCCAUACUGCCGCAGCAAAGUGACUUUGAGCGCUCCCAAUUGGCCAUCAAUCAAAGGGAACUGGCGCAGCUCGUGGAGUUCUUUCGUCUGCUGACUGCCAGAGAGGAGUACGAUAUAUCCGCCGAGGAGAGACAGCGACUGCAGAGGAUUCUCAGCAGGAUACCCAAGCACCAGCAGCCGCAGCCGACGUCGCAAGUGCCCCAGGAUGUGGCCGAUUCCCGCGAAAGUCCCGAGAAGAGCAAGAAAAGCAACAAGAGUCUGAUAAGCCUGGGCAAGGCCACCAAAAAGAAGCUGGCCAAAGGCAUGAGCUUUAGCAGUGGCAGCAGUAGCAACCACAUCGCCCCGGUUCCAGUGGAGCCCCUUACCAAUGGCCAGGCCAACACUUCGAAUGGCAGCGGAGGAUUGGGCGCCGAUCUAGAGCAGUGUUCCUCGCACAGCGGCAGCAACACCAGCUUGAGUUCCUGCGGAGCCAACAUCGCAACAACGACAACGACCGCGAAAGAUCCCCUGGACAUGUCGUCUUGCUCCGAUCCCGUGCUGGUAUUUAGCAUCUACAAUGCGGCGGCCAAAAGUAAGCUAAAACCGUUGACGGAGGAGGAGGUCUUGAAGAUGAACUGCAUCGGUCAGGAUGCCAGCAGUCUGCUGCCGGCGGUGGUCACCACCGCUCCCCUGGCGCCCUCCUCGAACAACGAUGAUGUGAGCAGUUUGGAGGCCAUGCGGCGGCCGCAGGAUGAUGCCUCGAUAGGGAACUCGGACAAUCUGGAGGCCAUCAGCGAGGCGGCGCAUUCGGUGGCCAGUUCGCUGGACCUGGAGGAGCAGCAGGAGCGAGAUGUCCACGAGAACGAGGACAACCUGUCCGACAUGGUUUCGGCGAAUGUUUCCGGCCGGGGAACGCCCAAUAUCAGUGGCCGGGACACACCGUCCUCGCAGGUUACCGAUGGCGAUGGCGCUGGCGGGGAUUUGGCCCACCACCAUGGCGUUCAUGCCCGGGUGGCGGCCAAUCCGCAAAUGCAAAAGAUGCUACUCUCCAAGGCCAGAUCCGACAUUGAGGAUAAGUUCUGCAAGUUCGAGCUGAAAAAGUUCGAAGGGGACGAGAAUGUAAGCAUCAUUUCGGACACUUGGUCCACGGAUGUGCUGGCCUCGGACUCGGAGAACACGCUGGACGCCACAGUGAGCGAGCGUGGUGGCGACAGGGACAGAAACUUCUCCACUCCGCUGAUACCCUCCGCCGUCGUCCUGCCGGGCGACAAUAACUUUGUGGUCGAGGCCUUGGCCCGGGCUGGUCGAGUACCGGGCGUCCAUGGGCCCCAGCUGGAUGCCUCGGAUCAGCGAUCGGAGAGCAACUGGAGCACCGAUGUGCUGGCCAGCGACUCGGAGAAGUUGGCUGAGAUAGAUACGGACGAUAAUGUUUCCAUCACGGCCAAAUCGGAUACGGCGGCACCGCAGGCUGCUGUGCUGGACGACGACGAAGAGGAUGAGGAUGAGGAUGAGCAGACUCCGGGCAGCAGUGGCGAUGGCGAACCCGAUCCGGAACGGGGCAAUGGCAGCGAGCGCAGCCAGGAGGACUCGGCCUUCUUCGAUGCCGUCAACUCGUAUGACGAUGCCAAUCUAUAUCACGGAGCCUCUUCGCUGGCCCGAAGCUCGGUGCGGACCAGCUACCAUGUGCUGGGCGGCGAGAGUAGCUUCCAGCAGCAGUACAAGUGCAGCGGGGCGGACUCCAGUGGCCGCAAGACCACCCCGCUGAUGGGCACCUCUUGCAUGCGUCGUCAAACGUCGGCGGAGAGCAGCAUAAGCAAUCAAAGCCUCAACCUGGAGGAACCGCCGCCGCCGCCCAUGGGCAAGCACCAUCAUCACCAUCGGGAGCACCAUCAUCGCGACCAUCAUCAUCAUCACCGCGAAAGGGAACGAGAGCGGGAGAGGUCUGCGCUCAAGAAGAAGAAACACCAGCAGCAGGAGAAGGAGCAUCGGGAUCUCAUUGAUUUCAGCGACUGCAGCGAGGACAAGGUGGAGCUGGCGAGGAAUAGGGAGGCGGAACAGCCACCGGGCUUGGUGCAGCAACUGCUGGACAUGUUCAACCAGGAUGAACAGGCCGGAGGAGCUGGCAGUGCCUCACCCAACGUCGAGCAUCGACGCAUCUCCAUCGAGCAACGCUCAGCCAUCAUAGAUGGCCGGCGGAAUGGCAUCCUGGCGGGCAGUAUGCGGCGCCACCAGAGCCUGAACUACGAGAACCACGAGAUUAUGCUAAACUCCAUGUUGCCCAAAACCGAUGAUGACAAGCAGGAGAUGCUGUUGUGUGUGCAGACCCAGCAGUUGCAGCUCGAGGAGCGCAGAGCAGAAACGGACGCAUCCGGCGAAGCGGCAGCAACAGUUGCUGCAGCAGCAUCUGGAGGAUCGGGCCUCAAGCCACCGACCAAGGCCACCGGGGCCAUACCAAAGAGCAUUAGUUUCGAUGCCAGUGCGGACAAGGAGAAACAGCCCUAUCAUCGGGACCGGGAGCGGGAUCGGGAACGGGAACGGGAGAGAGAUCGCGAGCGGGACAGGGAGCGUGAUCGAGAUCGGGACAGGGAUCGAGAUCGAGAUCGGGACCGGGAUCGGGAGCGGGAUCACCACGGCGCUGGCAUUUUCAACAAACUGAAGCAGGGCAUCUUCAAGAAUCGCCGGGGCACGAGCGCCAAGAGCAGCCAAGGCAACCCGGCCAAUCCUCCGGUGGCCAGCACAUCCAGUGCCCAAACGGAUGGGCGCAGCGUGAGCUUCGAUCCCAGUGCCGGAUGCGACAACUUCGGCACCCACUACUGUGAUACAAGCGAGGACAUCCUGGCCAAGUACCGCCGCAAGGUGAGCAGCUCCAGCGAGGCCACCAACUCCGACUCCACGGGUGGCAAUGGUCAUGGUGGAGGUGGGAACGGAGGCGGUGGAGGGCAGGGUACUGACACCAUUGGACCAGCUGCCCAUCUUCACAAGCACAUGAACGGAGGGCAAAUCCCAGGCGUGGCCUUUGGCAACGUGAAGCAGAAACUCCGAACGGUACUGUCGCGAACGGAUCUGCAUAGCGGCGACUUUCGGCAGACCUCGACCACGAGCACCACCAUGGCCACACCGCUGCAGAUCUACCUGCAGAUUCAGCUGGCGCAGUGCAUCAGCCUGCAGAGACUGCCACAGAUCUCGCACGUGGCCGAGGCGCUGCGCUGCUUGGCCCAACUGGAGCGGCCGCAGCACGGCCAGCUGCUGGCCGAACUGCAGCGGGACCUGGAGCGACGACAGAGCUACCUGCAGUACCUGAUGCGCCACCGGCAGCAGCUGCUGCUUCGCGCGGAGCAACUGGAGCAGCUGGAGGCGCGAUUGCGUGGCGAGGCGCGCAGCAGCCAGCGCUGCUUGCUGCAGGCUCUGGUCCGAAUGUAUCUGGCCUGGGCCCGCCAGCAGGAGAAGCUGGAGCACUUCCAGACGGAGUUCGGCCAGCUGCGGGCCAGCGAUGAGCGCGUCGAGCUCACCGAGGAGUUUGUGGAGUCGCUGCUGAAGGAGCUGCGCUCCAGUGCCGACCUGCAGGACGAGUGGCAGGUGGACGCGGCACGCGUGGCCAUCGAGCGCAUGCUGCUGGAGCAGAUGUACGAGCAGGUGAUGUUCCCCAACGAGGAUGCCGAUGUCUCGCGCGACGAGGUCCUCUCCGCCCACAUUGGCAAGCUGCAGCGGUUCGUGCAUCCCGCCCAUCCGGCUCUGUGCAUUGCCCAGGAGUAUCUGGGCGAGGCUCCAUGGACGUUUGCCCAGCAGCAGCUGUGCCACAUGGCCGCCUACAAGACGCCGCGCGAGAAGCUGCAGUGCAUCAUCAACUGCAUUUCGAGCAUCAUGAGCCUGCUGCGAAUGUCCAGUGGUCGUGUGCCCGCUGCGGAUGAUCUGCUGCCCGUGCUCAUAUACGUAGUGAUAAUGGCCAAUCCCCCCUAUCUGCUGUCCACCGUGGAGUACAUCAGCUGCUUUCUGGGCAAGAAGCUGGAGGGCGAGGACGAGUUCUAUUGGACGCUGUUCGGGUCCGUGGUGAAGUUCAUCAAGACCAUGGACUAUCUGGACUAGCGUUGUUGGUUAAGGGCUUAGGUGGCUGUAUCUGUAGAUUUGUUUAGCGCUUUGUUGUAUGCAUUACACCUAUCCCACUACCACUCGAUAUUUUCUAUAUUUAUAUCUGUAUAUCUGUGUCUGAUAAUUGUGUAAAAAUUUGUUAAACCCUAGGCUACAUAUAAUCCAAUAACAUCUGUGUAUAUGGCACUACGCGAUCCGAGGCAGCAAUCGAUGGGAAAUGCCAAUGCUGAAGAAGAGAUAUUGUUUUAGGUUAACAUUGAACGCAAGGAGGCCUCGCCUUAUGGAUAUCCAUGAUAUAUGAUAUAUAGUGAACUAGAGAACAUAUUCUUCUAUUUAUAUAUACACGUACAUAGAUAUAUAUAUAUAUAUAUAUAUAUAUAUAUAUAUGCAUGUUUAUCGGAUCGGUCUAGCCACUGUCAUAAGUAUGUUUCGGAAACGAACUGCAA